AGAAUUGAUUAGGGUCGUCUGCUGUCGUUUAGUCAUUACUCACCUUACUUACAAGUUUUGAAAAAGAGACAAAUUCAAGUUUAAAAAAGAAAAAGGAACGAUCACAUUUUGAGUGCGUGGCUGCACGAAAAAUAGCCCAGCAAAUAAAAUAACAAAAAUGUGGUCAUCGUGUCAUCUCUGGUCGAAUCUCUUUAUGGAAAAGCUUGAUACACACUUCAUGCUGUUUAGCAGGAAAACUAAAUAACUAUGAAUACCAAUAAUAUGAUUAUGGGAGCUUGAAUAGAGUUCAACCUGUUCAAAAUUUGUGAAAUGUGAAACAACAAGAUAAACAGCAUCCCGUUUCAUAGAAACUACCGAUGUCGGUCGAGUUCUUCCCUUGAAAUCACCUGUGUCCUCACAUGUACACCCAUGUGUGUGUGUGGGUGUAUUCACGAAGACGCUCUUUUUCUAUAUGGCGUAUUCAACUAAUUCUGCGGAUGGAACAUUUGUGGAUGCCUGGCCGUAUUUCCCAGGCUUAAAGGUGCCACAACAAAAUGGACCUUGGCCUGACUGCCAUCUAUUGCUGGGAAAUGCAGAUUGGCCGGCAGCGCAGCCCAAUUCAAAAACACGGAGAAACUCUCACGACAAGUUGCGAUGUGAGACCAGAGCCAGCCAUCAUAACUUCAAGAUAUGCAAGUUUUGCUUGUGUUGGUGUUGACCUGUCAUCACCAACAAUCUCAGAAUCAUCAAGCUUGGAUAAACAGCAUCACUCUUGAUUGGAGAAACCAACAAUGCCUGCCGAGUUACCUAUCUCUUCUUUCCCUUUCUGUAAAUUCUUCGUGUAACUCACGAGAACGCCGGACGCCUUUUUUUUUUCCUAUACUGCCUGGAGUAUUUAACUAUUCUGUGGAUAGGGCAUUUGCGGAUACCUGGCCGUAUUUCCUAGGCUUAACGAUAACCACGCACAGCGUCUGCUGUGUCUGUCUUGUGUGCUGUUUAUAUAACCUUCGGCGCAGACCACCGUCAGAGUAAAGGAUCCUGAGAGCCGCCGCCGUCGCCACCAUAAGCCAAGAAAACGGCGAUCGAGUGCCGAACUUUUUCUUUUUUCUUUUUUUUUCCCGUCGUCUGUGUGUUGUUCUGUGGCUCUUGUGCAAGUGAUCGCGGGGAGUCUUCCCCUAGCUGUCUUCUUCUUCUUCUGAUUGAAAGUCGAGAUAGCCCAGCGCCAACCCAGCGGUUCACCUGCGAUGCUUGGCCAGCGGCCCCAGGUAGAUAGACGGGAAUGCCGAGUAUGAGAAGCCAACACACCGCCAUCACCAGAGAGUUAUUGGCAAUGGCCAGUCGGGAGAGCGUUUCGCCAUUUUCCGCGAAUCGCCCGACCGAUAAAUUUUGUUGCAACACUUUGAUGGUGUAGGAUAACAUUUUGACUGCCCGACCUUUAUUUUUUCUUAUAUUUCAAAAUUGAUGCUGGCCCCCCCUGUACAGUUGUCCACAUAACUCUCUUCUUCUUCUUUUUCUUUCUGAAUGGAAGGGGCGAUAUAAGUAGAAGCGGCGCGGCCCCCAAUAAUAAUACGCACAUCUCAGACAAACAAGAAGAGAAACAGUGUGGGCCGGCCAGCAGGGAACAGCGACCUCCCGACCCGGGGCUCGACCACCACCACCACCACCACUCGAUGCGGCACCCACAGCCUCAGCAGCAGCAGCCACUCAUGAAAGAAGAAGAAGAAGAGAAGGGCAGUUUGGCUUUUUCUAGUGGCAAUGCUGUGCCGUUCGCUCUUAUCGUUGUUCUCGUAUCGCGCAAGUGCCGUUCGUUCCGUUUUUUUUCCCAAUCGGCCGAGAGAAGAACCAGCGCGUAUCUCCAAGAAAAUGAGGAGCGCAACAACGACGACGACGGUGUUGUUGUUGUUGUUGCUUUUACCUGGGCAAUUCCUGCUGUCGGCGGCCGCCUUCUCCGAGGAGUCGCUCAAAGAUCUGAGCCGCCUUCCGCACUUCCAGCGCAUUUGGCUCCAGCGGCUCGACCAGAGCAACCGGCGGAAUAGCAACAAUUUCAGCAGCAGCAGCAGCAGCGCAAAGGUCACGACCUCCUCGGCCCGUCCGUCCAGCAGCACAGCGACAUCCACUUGGACCGAUCCGUCGACUACUGACGAAUCCCUGGAAGAGGUAGUGGACGGAGAUGAGAGAGUGACGACCGUCGGUCCCAGCGCGGUUGGCCGGAAUGCGGAUGCCGGAAUGGAAUCGACGGGCGGCAAAGUCACGUUGACGAUCAGCGAAGCCAAGGAAAGACUCAAGGCCAGGAGGAUCAAAAGCCGGAAGGUGAAGACGGUGAUGCAACAGCAAAAGGAGGAAGAGGAAGAACAACAACUCAACAACCAAGGGCACUACCAGUACAACAAGAAGACGGACAACAUUUUCCGAGAUGAAACAGAAGAGGAAGCGGUGGAGGUGAAGAAACACAUCCAGCGGAUGGCCAGCGCCGGCUGCUCCACUCCGGCCUUGCGGUUGAUUUACGUGCGCCAGCAGCACGAGGCCGCUCCCAACGUCCGCUACCUGCCGGCCUGCACUUGGCUCCACCGAUGCUCCGACGAAACUGGAUGCUGCACCGACGACUCGAAAAUCUGCUCUGCCUCGCACAUCGAGUCCGUCUCGCUGCCAUUUUUCGUGUUGACGAUGACUGGAUCGGAGACCAAGAGGACCGUGACUCGGCUGUCGUUUGAGAACCACACGGCCUGCGAAUGCGUCGGCCGCAACAGCGACCUGAUGCCGCGGACGGAGCCGUACAUCAGCGAUCCGGUCAUCCGCAAGAGUCGGCUGUCGUCUCCGACUACUCUGUUGUAUAAUCACGACGAGAGCAACAACAGCGACGAAGGCAAAUCGAGUCGUCACCAUGAGAACGUCAGCAAGAGCAGCAAGACGAAGAAAGGCCGUCGCCAUGACGACCCGCCGCUGCCAGCGUCGUCUCUGCAACUGGGUCGGGUUGCCACGGCUUAUUCGCCCGAUCCCGCUUUAUUAUUCCAUGCGCGUAACGAAGAAGACGAAGAAGAAGAUUCGGCAGGAGCCAAGCGACGAUUUGGCGGCCCUUUGCCCGGCUCCAACUCCUCCAACAGCAGCAGCAACGUGAGCAAAUGUCGUUGCCCUUCGGGUUUCACGCCGGUCGCCAGCAGCCGGAAGAGAUCGGCCUGCGGUUUGUGCCAGUGUCACGAUUACGAUUUCGGACGCAGCAGACACCACCACGGCGGAAUGAGAGCGGCCAAUCCCGCCACCGCACGCCACCAUCAUCAUCAGAACCUGUGCGGCCGUUUGAAACGCGGGCUGGAAACUUUUUCAGCGCGUGACCGGGGGUGCAUCGUCGAGAAAAAGUGCGGGACUCCCGAGUGCAGCUACGGCCGUUACGUGACGUUGGCCGGCCGCUGCCCGCGACGCCACGAACUGCGGCCGAGGAGUUGAUUUGAUUCCGAAAUUUCCCCCAAAUUGUUUCGCCUUUACACAUUACCUUCAUAAUGUUUCGACACUUAUUCCGUCGUCCGCCGUUAUGAUUUGUAUCGAUUUUUAGACUCAAAAAUCAUAUCACAAUAACGAGUCGAUCAUCCGCUUCCUACAAGCAACAAUUCCCCCCCCAGCAUUCGAGAGAUGAAGAAGAAAAAAAGGAAAUAUCAGACGCUCCUCGUGUAAUAACCGCGGCCUUGUGUUAAUUCGUUUCCGUCCCCAUACAAUCACCCCCCUCUCCCGGUACAUAUUUUGACAGCUCCGCUUAUAAUUAUUAACUCUUGCCAUGAUAUUCCGACCUAAACAAAACAAAACGACGACAACCGCCAAUGAAUCAGCCACGCAGGAAACACGGAAAUCGCGCGAGGAUACGUCGAAGAAUGUUGUGUGAUUGUGUGCCACAAGUGUGUGACUGGAUUGUGUAGAAGAAAGAAAGACAGAGUGAAAUUGUUGUGUAUUAUAAAUAGUAAUGAAUAAUAAUAUUGGCCGCCAAAUUGAAAACAAAAACAAUACAACGAAUUGAAUAACGAA